GAGUUUAUCCUGGUUCCACCCACCGGGACUUUCCUAGCUUCCUUCUGCACAGCGAGGGGGGAAAAAAAAAAAGCCAGACGGCGGCACACAGCAGGCACCUCCGGUAGCACGGGGAAAGCGGUGCUCUCUUUCCCUGAGCUAGGUUUCUAUUGUAGGCGGUGCAUUCCUUGGGAGGGAGGGUGUGUGUGUGCGGUGCCUUCCCACACUCAAGGCAGCUCUUAUUUAAUGGGGGUCUCCAUGCAGGGCAGAAGCCAGAAGAGAUUUUGCUGUUCCCUGCUCCCGUUCAGGGAACAGCAGCUCGCACGUCAGGCGUCGGCAUGGACCGUGUGGCCGAGAUAGCCCUGGAGGAAGAGGCUGCUAUGACCAACCAAGCCUCCAGGAUGCACCUCAAGGAGGAUUUGAGGAAAAUACGAUGCAGCGUGUUUCUGUGCCUGCUCUCCGUGCUGGUCCUCGCACUGCCCACAGCCUAUCUGCUGGCUGGAAACCUCCGAGCCCCCAGCACAUGCUCCAACCAGGUUGCAGACGAGAGGAGCGCUCUGUUUCUGAAGCAGCGGGCACUGGCUACCGGUAUGGAUAUGCUUUCCAGUGCAGAAAAGCCAAGGGCACACCUGACAGUGAAGAAACAAGACAUCGCCAGCACCGUGGGAAACCAGAUGCCGAUCCUCCAGUGGGAAGACAAGCGCGGCUUGGCCUUUACCAAGAACAACCUGAGUUAUUCCAGCAACACACUGGUGAUACCUGUGUCUGGGGACUACUAUGUCUAUGCUCAGGUCACUUUCCGAGGGCCCAUUGAAAGUUUCGAUAAAACUGUAAAUUCUGUUACUGAGAUCAUCACCAAAGUCACUGACAGUUACCCCGAGCCCACCCAGCUGCUGACUGGCACCAAGACCCUCAGUGAAAAAGGAAACAGCUGGUUCCAGCCUAUCUAUCUAGGCGCCGUGGUUUCCUUAGAAGCAGGGGACAAGCUAAUGGUCAAUGUCAGCGACAUCAAGCUGGUUGAUUAUACUAAGGAGCACAAAACUUUCUUCGGUGCUUUCUUACUGUAGGGCUCUGGCAGCAGCUGGCAGGGGCUUCCCUCCUGGGUCCCGGUGUCGCUCACUAAACCUUGACUCUGUGCGCACACCUUGGGGUGCUGCUCUGUGCUGUUAACCUUCUGCAUUGCCCCUCGUCCACAGCCCAGUGCCCUGUGCAUCCUUAAAUUAAGGGAUGGGGAAAGCCGAAGAUGCAGGCUCAGUUGAAACAACCCAAAAGCCCCAGAAAAAUUGAAGUUGGGGGUGGGGGGGAAGGAAAAUAUAUUUGCAGGUAAAAACUCAGAGCUCUUUGCAAUUUUGUAAAGUAGGGAGGAACAGUUUACACUUGUGGGGUAAGAAUAUUGAGUAGGAAUACUGAUCUUGAAUAAUACAGCUAAGCUACAUCAUUAGUUCCACCUCCAAUAAGCCAUUUCCUCACCUCAGAAAAGUACUUUAAACUUUCCCCAGCAUUUCCAGUAUAACUUUGCAUGACCUUUCUUCAGAUUCCCUGUACUAAAAGGUAAUUACUUCUCAUCAUUUCCUUAUGAAUAGAUUUGCUCAAUACUUUGCACUAGUAUAAAGCCUAGUUUAAUCAUUAACUGCUUAAUUAAUCUCUUCCAACUUCCCUGUAAAGUAGAUUAAAAUUAUACCUUGUAGUUUGCAGAAGCUACCUGAAUUUUUUUUCCAGGAAAUUGUUUGUAGUUCUUUAAACCACUGUACAGCCCCAAGCCUUUAUGUAGAAUUUCUAGGGAACGUGCAGAAACACUUUCUGUUUCAGCACAACAGUGUAUCUCCCUCCCAGAGCCUAACAUUAGGAAACAUAAAAAGCAAGGAGAGUGAGGCAUUUGGCACAAUUUUUCAAGCGGCCACUGAAAUUUUAAGAGGAAAUCUCUGUGAUAUUUUGCUUUCCAUUCAGUGGAAUGCAAAGUGAGUGCAAUUAAAUAAAUCACUUUCUUGGUGCCCCUUUGCAACCAUUGUCAAUGCUACUGCAGUCUCCUAAAGACAAAGGACUCCUCAGCCUUUCCUACAGUCAAAAGAUCCAAAGAUAAGAUCAUGGCAUGCCUCAGCCAGGCGCAGAACUCAUGAAUGCUUCACUUCCCAUCUUGCACUUCCUUACUUUCAUAGACUUUACAGUGUCUCAGGGAAAUUCCCCAGCCGGCCUUCUCUUCCCACAAUAAAUCAAUCACUGGCAAUGGCUCAAGUCACAUUCUAGUAGAUUCAAGCUUUACACUCCUAAGUGCUAAGAGGUCUCAAGCUCUCACACUUGAGCGCUUCCCAACCUGCCCAUCUGCACGAUCAGGCCAACGGCCAAGAUUCAUUCUCUGAGGCUCUUUGUUCCCUGCCUUGCCUCAUUGCACUUCCUCCACUCUCCAGUCUCUGGCCAGAAGCGAUAGCAAGCUUAACAUUUUCAUUCAGAGCCAUGGUGGUACCAAAAGCACACAUCAGAGAGGUACUGAGGCUUGGGAGGACAUAGGACUGGGGAUGGGGAGUUGUAGCUGAAGGGUUCAAAUAGAGAAAUUCUCCACAGGAUACAAACCCACAACGGAAGGCAGUGAGUGAAAUCGAGCUCCACUUGCAGUGAGGCCAGGCUGCUCUGUCCACAGCAUGUUCUUCCUAGCAGGAGACAAGAUAUUGCCAUAUUAACAAAAAGAUCUAUUUUGAGUGGACAAGAAAAAAGUCACUAGCACAGCUAGAGCAUACAGCAUAGAGAAAGCCCAAGGCAGACUGGAGAUGUGGGAGGCAAGGAGCAGAGGGAAGUGGGAGACCCAGGCAGCACUGAGAUCCCUACCUCUUCACAGCGGGGUACAAGCACCUUCGUGCUGACAACGUGACUGCUCCUCUUCAACCUAGCAGACCCGUUACAUAGUGAACCAUCUUGAAAAAGCAGGCUACCUGACCAUAAUUCCCUGCUCCUAAGUGCCUAGGUCCCAUAGUAGGUCUCGGUCAACCUUCGCUGUGUUACCUACACCAAGAUAGUACUAAACGUACCACAAAAGCUACGACAUUGCCAUCUUGCCCUGCACUUCCUUCCUCAGGGGGCAUAUUCCUUGCUUCCAGCUCCUCCGUUCAAGUCUAGUCCUUGAGUACAGGUUCACUGUACAACACUGCUGAGCUAGGCAACCUGGACAAUACCCCUGCAUCAACAUCCUAUUAUAGUUGAGCAUCUCAUUCUUUGACUCGUCCUUCGUUUUCUCCCCACUAACAUCUCAGCAGUCCUCUUAGUCCAUUUCUCCCAGAUACCUUCCUGCCUUCUUCUCCCCUCUCCAUUAGGUACAAGGAUACUUCUUUGUCCAAUUCUGCAAUUUUCUACAUGCAACUCCUCUCUUAAAAUCAUCCUGCUACACGGAGAGAACCAGUACCCGAAAACAGAUCAGGGAAGCAGUAAGUAGCAGCAAUGUUACUGCUGAUACACAUAAAUGUUUUUGACCAGAAUACUCUAUUUAUUAGCUAGAUUCACUUUCAUCUUUAAGUCCUUAUUCAUGUGUUUCCUCUCUCUCUUAAGGUUUUUCUUUUCAGCAAAAAAUGGUUCUUUGAGACAGAAACAGUUAUACUCCAGGUAUCCAUCCAGCACCUUGCACACUGCAGCCUGGCCUUCUCGCACGUCCAAAAGAGCGAUCUUGCCAGAGAAAGGCCUCACUCACCUCCUUGGCAGGGCCGUUUCUGCUGCUCAGAAACCCCAGCUGUUCCCCUCUGCCAUUGUAAAAUCCAGUGAAAUUCUAUUCUUGGCUGUUCAAGAUAGGGAUAUUCUCUGAGAAACCCUAAGACUUUCUGCAUCUCAUCAUAUUUCCAAAAGUAUUCUCUCAGCAUCCCAUAUGCUGAGUCCUUUUGAGCUUCUGAUCCCUUAGUUGCGUGGUCUAAACCCAGGAAACCAUGAAAUCAGCAGCCAGCUAGUUUUGUGUCACCCUCACCCCAGGCUUUAGGUGCCUGCGGCACCAUACAACACAAUAGAGCUUAUAAGGAGAAAAUCUACAAGUGAUCUGUCCAGGACAGAUGAUUCUCAGCAACUACGUAGAAAAGCUUCUGUGAAGUGUUAAAUAGGAUGAACUUGAUUUAUUCUUGGAAAAAGUUAGAGUGCAAAUUCUUAACUGUCCCAAGACAGUUACAGAAAUUCAGAAAUCUUUUUGCUUCUAUAAUGAGAUGAUGUAGCAUUCUUCUGAGGGCAUAACACAGUCCCGAUAGGUUCAUAGAGCAGAUUUCCACAAAAUUUAUUCUUGGGUCAUCAUGACAAUGCCUGACGCACUGAAUCGUGGUAAAAAUGAGUUGUGGGAGAGAGGAGUGGUGCAUGAGGUAUUUGGCAUAUAAUAAGAGUCCCAUGGGAUGUAUAUACACACACAGACAUGCAUAUAUAUGUAUAUUCAGUUCAAGUCCUAGGAAUCCCUAGAGCAAUAAUGAGCUUUUUCUAUCACAAGGCACAUAAUUUGUGUCCGCUUUACACUGAUAAAUUUCACAACCAAAAAAAACUGCCUGCUACAGCUCAAUAACAGCUUUUACUCUUGUCCCAUUAUCCAUAGCACAAACAACUAUUUAUUUUAGUCCAUUUAGAUCAAGAUUUCAUACCUCAUUUCACAAACUCACUUCUAGCACAUUAGCAUAUUGUAUAUAGUAUAAAGUAACAUUCCUGGCAUUACUUGUUUUAAAGUAGUGCAAGCAUAUUAACCCAUACACCUACCCCAGUGGAAAUUUUCUUUUUUCCCUGCUCAGUGCUGAUAACGUUUCUGCAACAGCGACAAGCAAGUUUAAAAGAAACACAUGGGGCCGAUUGUAACCCCAGCGUCAAUCACAGGUUCCUCCACAGAAGCCAAUGGCACAAAGUCAGGGUAUAGCUAGUUAAGUGAGAUAGAGGUGCAGCUCAAAGGAGAAUAUGUCAAGUAGCCUGAACCCAAGGUAGCUUGUCAUAUUUUUCCAAAACUAAAUAUGGACAGAAGUGUUCCCAGAAAAUCACCAUGUUCAUUGAAUUAGAAAAUGCUCUUAGUGUAAAUCAUUUCUGGAGAUGUGAAAAUGCAUAUACAUCAGUGUUUUCAAUUGAACAAGUACAUGAUGAAAUCUGUCCAUGUGAACAAGUGACCUUACAGUCACUUUUUGUUUUCAGUUUAUGGUCAAACCAAAAACCAUUUUUGUUUGGGUGGAUGUGAAACUAAAACACUUAAGAAAAAAUCCAAGCUGAGGAAGAAGGGUCAGAUAGGCAGCUCCUGCUAAAUGAGCUAAUAACAACUGAUUUGAGAUUCUGACCCUUGUGCCUCUUAGGAGGGGGGAAAAAGGACACUUCUCACAACAAACUUAAAAGAUUUUUUUAAUAUGAAAUCUGAUUUUUUUUUUUAAAGGAAUUCUCCUCUUCCUUCUCUUUUUAAUCCCCACAAAAACUAACACUAAAUGUAACCCAAAUUCUUAAGAAGGUUCACUUACCUUUUCCUUUCCCCUUGCUCAUAAAUCAAGUUUUGGUAAAUAAACAUCAACUCACUCUCUCCCUAUAAAGACAUUUAAAUCACUUAGCUACAAAUGACUGCAGCUCCAGUCUUGUCAACAUAUACUUGUGCUAUACUUAACAUUAAGCAUGCAGCUAUAGGGAUGUCAUUGUAAAGAGAAGUGUGGGUCAGUUCUCCUAUUUGGUGUAUGUGAGGACUAAACUCUUCAUUGCUCCAGCUGAAAGUGGAUAAAGCAUCUUUUAUCUGUGUUUACCCUCAACUACACCAUUACAGGAGUAACCUUCCAAACGAAGAAGGGCUCAUCCGUCCCCUGCUCAGCACACACAUGUUGGCAGGAUUAGAGUCUGGAGGUGGAAAGCAAAAGGGCAGGCUCCUGAGCAAAACAUGUCCCAAACAGUAAAGAGAAAGUUAAGCUGUUGAGAUUAUUUUGGACAUAUUCGGGGAAUACUGGGUCGAGCAGAUGCCCAGCAUGAAGGGACACUACGGGGCUCCACAGAAUUGCCAGCACAGACCAGAUUAAGGGAUUCUUUUGUGAUUUUCUGUAGUAUUCUCACCAACAGAGUCAAAUCGCAUUCUGAAGGAACUUCAUUUUUCAACUCUGUAUGGUCUAACUGACCAUUCUGUGCUUCAUUUUAUUAAUCUCCUGAGUGGCCCAUCAUUUCAGAUGAGAAAUGAGGAGAAAAUUCAUUCUUUAGAAGAAUCAGACAGUGUCAAGAAUUUUUGCCCAGAUAUGGGUAUUAGACAGCAGUAUAGCAUUUUGCUAUUGUUAUGUAUUUUCAUAUAAGUGAUUGUAUAUUGUCUUGUGCUUCUGUACUGAUGUGCAUCUUUACCAGUAGAACUGAGUUAGCUUCUUGUUUCCAAGUUUUAUGAUAAUAAAAAUGUAAGUUAACUAAUGCGAGGACUUCUGAUGCUGGUCCCCUUCUGAAAGCACUAACCAAAUCACACCAUUAAGGGUAUUCAUCUAACACAACCAGACAAGGUUAACGUUUAAGAAACCUAUUUUGUUGUGUGCUAAUGUGUAGAUGACCAUUACUUCAUGCGCAGUUGAAAACAAAAGCAGUCACCCCACCAGAGUGAUUCAGACUCACAUUCAGACUUUCUUCCUUGCCUUGGGGAUUUUAGAGGCUUGUGUUUCAAAAGAUAAAGUAAGGACUGAUAACUUUUUCCCCUCGCCUCCAGUCCUUUCUGCUUUGCAGCAUGGAGAAUAGCUGGUUCCUUACCCCACCCUUGUUAUUUCUUAGCCUGUUUUGAAAAAGCAGCUCCCAUGGAAAAGCAGUGCUCAUCAGAAACUGCAUCCCAGUCAUCUUCAGUCGCCUGAGGCAGGGAUGGAUACACCCCUGUCAGCACAUGUGAACCAGGCCAUUCAAGCCACACCUUUGGACACUGUCCCCUGGCCAAAAAGCCAUGUUUGCCCUAUCUACAGCCUUACAGAAAAGUACUCUGGCAGCUGAGAGCUUGUUACCAGGUACAACCAGACUAGGAAAUUUUGGCCAAAUGAAGGCAGAGCCUCCUCUGAAGGCAGCAGAACUCUGGGCACCCUUAGUCCCAUUCCAGCUUGAGUUUUGCUUUCCUUAGGCUUUCAGCAGAACAGCAUCCAUUAGAUUUGUAUUUCUUAUCCCAAGUAACGUUAACUUCGCCUCAGAAAAUCCUCUAGCUCCAAGAAUGCAAAAACUUCCUUUCCAUUAGCAAACUUGAGAAACAUUCUCCCAGAAGGCAUAUUAUUUUAAGAUUUUCACAAUUUGUCAUUUUUCUGGCUUUAAACUAAGGGUGUAAUUCUGAAAUUGCUUCAGAAGAUUUCUGAAUAAGGACUCUAUGCUCUGGCUGAAAGAAGGAUUUUUUUUUUUUGCUUGGGAAUUGUAACAGAGGAAUUUUGUUUGCUCUGGCUUUCAUCCACACACUGUCAUCACAUACUUGAUGUUUUGCUGGGUUGUGGGUGGCAGCAUCAGUAGAACAGCCAAGAGUUAGAGUGUAGGAAUUAGACCACUUUCUUCUAUAACACAGCUAAAAGAGGCUUGUUAAUCCAAUAGCUACCUCAAGUUAAAAAAUAGCAAAGGUAAUUUUUUUUUUUUAAUUCUCUGCUUUAACUUGAGCCAAACAAGCUGAAACCCCUUGUUUUAUUGCUAUGUUUCUCUCCCUUACCUAUAUGGAAUAAUAACCUGAAUGAACAUAUUUGUAGUCUAAAUACAUUGACACACAUAGUCCCUGCAUGUGACCACUGGAUUUCAUUUUGCCCAUCUUUAACCACACAAAAGUUAGGUGUCUAACCUAAUAAAUUUCUAGAGGCUCCCUCUGUAGGGAGUAGAGAAAGAUGAACAUUUCCAAAAGGCUACAUGUUUUAGGGAAGGUGGGGAUAACUGAGAUGCUACUCCUCCAGAGCUACACAGGAACAGAAGAAGGCUAGAUAGACAAUAUUUUGCUAGCUAAAUGCCUGUAAGAUAACUGCAGCAUUCAGCCAAAAGACAUCUAUCUUUGACAGUUACUGACCAGCACUGCACUCACUUUCUGAGGAGGUUUGAUAAAGUUACCCAGCUCCUGUCUGGGCAGAAUAUCCAUACUGCUUAGUAUUAAUACAUAUACACUCACCAUUAUGUAUCUUGAGAGAAGGUAUAUCCUUAGAUUCAUACAGAGAAGUUGUUUUGCCAUGGAAUUCACCCCACAGAACAGACUACCCACACCCACUUAGUUUUCUCAUCUCUGAUCUGUUGGCCAAGAUGCUCAAUCACAGCUGGAUCUGUUGCCUCCCCGGGCUGUUCUUGCAGGAAGACCCCCUUUCCAAGAGCUGGAGACAAGGCCAGUGCCAUAGUUAAUAUGUCCACUUUUUACAGGAGAGCAUCGAGUUCCCUCUGGUAGGGAAUGGAGGUUUUGUCUCCUUAGUCUAACCAUCUUGCAGGAUGGAGCACAAAUUAAGAUGAAUUGGAAUGAUGUGCACUCCUGGGAAGGUGUGGACUACAAGAACUCCAGCUCUUGAACAGGCAGCUGAAUGAGGGACACCUUCUAAAACACUCAGCAUCUGUCUGAUAGAAUUUCAAAGGAAAUUCUGACUCCAUUGCUUGGUUUCUUUUGAAGACCUGGCACCAAAGCUAGUUAUGAAUCUCUUAGAAAGUACAAGUAGGAGCCAAGUUUGUCAAUGGUGAUAGUUUCAAAUUCAUUGUCUCGUAAACAUUACUGAAGUCCUGUAGAAUACCGUGAAAGACAUUGCCUACAAAGUUGUAUCUCCUUUUAUUACGCACUGUAAGUCAGGAGCAUUUGAUCUUUUUGCUGAAUUAUGAACUAGACUAGCUUUCCAGAUGCUCUUAUUUUUACACAAAUCAAGUUAUGUUUUUUCAUUGAUUGUAAAGUUUUAUAUUAAAACAUCAGGAAGGCCACUGAAAGUGUUUGCUGCAUAUUUAUUGACACUGUAUGUAUAGUUGUCUUAAUGUAAUGUAAAAAAUUGUAAAAAUCAUGAUAGAGAAUGAACUUUAGAUUUAUUGUAUAGCCAUUUCUUUUAGCAGAUGGCUUUGAUGCCUUCUGACAAUGAAGUUUUUAAACAGUUCUUAAUCUGCUUUGUCUCAA